GCUCCCGGCGCCUGGCGGCGGGGGCGCGCAGUGAACCAGAGCUGGGUCCCGGGCUCCGGGAGAGAGAGGAAGACGGGAGAGGGGAGCAGGAGCAGCCGUAGGAGGGGAGGAGAGCCCGGGUGUGGAUGGCUCUCAGCCCUUUGUUGCAUGCAUGGUGCUGUGGAUAAUGCAGAAUGAGGAUGGGCGCUGCUGUUCCUAGAGGGAGAGGAUCCCGGUGCACAUGAAGCUGCUGCCCGCAGGGAAGUGUCCCCAGCCUGCACCGUGCAAGGAGGAUUGCUACAGACUCGCACUGCAGCUCCGGCAUACUCUGCACCUACUGCACUAUUCCUACACUGCACCCUCUGCACUAUUCCUACACUGCACCCUCUGCACCUUCCUCUUACACUGUACCCUCAGUAUACUCUGCACCUACUGCACCUUCCUCUUACACUGUACCCUCAGUAUACUCUGCACCUACUGCACAUUCCUCUUACACUGCACCCUCAGAAUACUCUGCAACCCCCUGCACCUUCCUCUUACACUGCACCCUCAGAAUACUCUGCAACCCCCUGCACCUUCCUCUUACACUGCACCCUCAGAAUACUCUGCAACCCCCUGCACCUUCCUCUUACACUGCACCCUCAGAAUACUCUGCAACCCCCUGCACCUUCCUCUUACACUGCACCCUCAGAAUACUCUGCAACCCCCUGCACUAUCCUACACUGACCUCUCAGUAUACUCUGCACCUUCCUCAUACACUGCACCCUCAGUAUACUCUUACACUACAUCCUGAGCGCUAGUCCUGCACUACACCCUCAGUAUACUCUUACACUACACCCUAAGCGCUAGUCCUGCAUUGCACCCUCCGUAUACCCUGCAACUUCCUCAUACACUGCACCCUCAGUAUACUCUUACACUACACCCUGAGUGCUAGUCCUGCACUUCACCCUCAGUAUAGUUUGCACCUUCCUCAUACACUGCACCCUCAGUAUACUCUUAAGCGACACCCUGAGUGCUAGUCCUGCACUAUUCCUACUCUGCACCCCUCUUCACUGUUCCUACACUGACCUCUCAGUAUACACUGCACCUUCCUCAUACACUGCACCCUCAGUAUACUCUGCACCCCCCUGCACUAUUCCUACACUGACCUCUCAGUAUACCCUGCACCUUCCUCAUACAUUGCACCCUCAGUAUACUGUUACACUACACUCUGAGCACUAGUCCUGCACCAUUCCUACUCUGCACUUUCAGUAUACUCUGCACUAUUCCUACACUGACAUCUCAGUAUACCCUGCACCUUCCUCAUACACUGCACCCUCAGUAUACUCUUACAUUACACCCUGAGCUCUAGUCUUGCACUGCACCCUCAGUAUACUCUGCACCUUCUUCCUCAGCACUACUCCUACACUGCACCCCGUGCCCUUUCAUCAUACACUGUACUGUCUGUAUCACCUGUACCUCUCUCAUACUCUACACCGUUGGUUAACUUGGCACCUUCCUCACACACUGUACCCUCAGCACUACUCCGUCCCUGCACCUGUGCCCUUUCCUCAUAUACUACACCUUCAGUAAACGUUCCACCUUGCUCAUCCACUGCACCCUCCGUAUACUCAGUACCUUCCUCAUAUACUGCACCCUCGGUAUACUCCUUACCUUCCUCAUACACUACACCAUGAGCACUUCUCCUACACUGCACCCUGAGCACCAUCACUCCCUAAUACACUGAGACCCCUGCCCCUUCCUCAUACACUGCACCCUCAGUACAUUCUGCACCCCCCGCUCUCCCUGCCCUUUGCAGCGCCAUGAGUUGCCCAGCAGAGUGACCCGCUACCUGAUCCGAGGAGGUGCCAGCUUUCAUCCGGAAUUUCUCCUCCCCUGGUCCCAGCAUGGAAGAGUGGAGGCAGUGUGGCCGGUGGCUGAUAGACUGCAAAGUUCUGCCCCCCGACCACAGGGUGGUUUGGCCCUCAGCUGUGGUCUUUGAUUUGGCCCAAGCCCUCCGAGAUGGAGUCCUGCUCUGCCAGCUGCUCCAUAACUUGUCCCCUGGAUCUAUAGACCUAAAGGAUAUUAACUUCAGGCCUCAGAUGUCUCAGUUUUUGUGCCUGAAAAAUAUCCGAACAUUUCUGAAAGUUUGUCACGACAAGUUUAGCUUAAGGAACUGUGAGCUCUUCGACCCUUUUGAUCUCUUUGAUGUCCGGGAUUUCGGAAAGGUGAUAUCUGCGCUGUCCAAGCUCUCGUAUGAGGUCAUCGCACAAAACAAAGGAAUUCGACCGUUCCCCACUGAAGACACCGCAGAGAAUGAUGACGAUGUGUACAGGAGUCUGGAGGAGCUGGCGGAUGAACACGACCUGGGUGAAAACGACACGUAUGAUGUCCCUUGUGAAGAAGACGACAUUUACGAAGACAUCAUCAAGGUGGAAAAUCAACAGCCGAUGAAAAUGGUGAUGACAGAAGACGACAAAAGGAACUGCUGCCUGCUGGAAAUCCGGGAUACGGAGGACCGCUACUACAAGACGCUGGAUGACAUCCGCAUAAAUUACAUGUUACCCCUGAAGCAGAUCCUCUCGCCGGCGGAGAUGGCUGUAAUCUUCAUUAAUCUGGAGGAACUAAUAAAGGUCCAUUUUAACUUCCUGCGCACCAUAGAGAUGUCCAUCAUGUCGGGCGGAAGCACCAUCGGGCAGGUCUUCCUGGACUACAAGGAAAGGCUGCUGAUAUACGGAGAGUACUGCAGCCACAUUGAAUAUUCCCAGAAGACGUUGGACCAGCUGAUCGCCACCCGGGAAGACAUUAGGAUAAAAAUUGAGGAAUGCUCCGUGAAGGUGCAAGAUGGGAAGUUUAAGCUUCAAGAUCUGAUGGUGAUUCCUAUGCAGAGAGUCCUGAAGUAUCACCUGCUGCUUAAAGAACUUCUCAGCCACACUGCGGAUUGCCCAGAGAGACACACGCUGAAAGAAGCACUGGAAGCCAUGCAGGAUCUGGCUAUGUAUAUUAAUGAAGUGAAAAGGGACAAAGAAACAUUGAAGAAAAUCAGUGAGUUUCAGAAUUCCAUAGAACACUUGCAAGUAAAACUGGAAGAGUUUGGACGACCAAAGAUAGACGGAGAACUCAAGGUCCGAUCGAUGGUCAAUCAAACCAAGCAGGACAGGUACUUGUUUCUGUUUGACAAGGUGGUCAUCGUGUGUAAAAGGAAAGGUUACAGCUAUGAGUUAAAAGAAAUCAUCGAGUUGCUUUUUCAUAAAAUGACAGAUGACCCAAUGAACAACAAAGACAUCAAGAAGUCACACGGCAAAAUGUGGUCGUACGGAUUCUUCUUGAUACACCUCCAGGGCAAGCAGGGAUUCCAGUUCUUCUGCAAGACGGACGACAUGAAGAGGAAAUGGAUGGAGCAGUUUGAAAUGGCCAUGUCGAAUAUAAAGCCGGAAAAGGCCAACGCCAACCACCACAACUUCCAGAUGUUUACCUUCGAUCGCACCACGAGCUGUAAGGCCUGUAAGAUGUUUCUAAGGGGGACCUUUUAUCAGGGAUAUUACUGCACUAAGUGCGGGGUCGGCGUACACAAGGAGUGCCUUGAGACCAUCCAUCCGUGCAAAAUGGGCCCGGCUGAUGAAAUGGAUCCACUUAUUACGAUAUCGGGGCCCAAGAUGGUCGCUGUACAGAAUUACCACGGGAACCCAGCUCCUCCAGGGAAGCCGGUACUAACAUUCCAGACUGGAGAAGUUAUUGAGCUGCUGAGAGGUGACCCGGAAUCCCCGUGGUGGGAGGGGCGGUUACUACUGACGAGGAAAUCUGGCUAUUUCCCCAGUACUUCUGUGAAACCCUGUCCUGUGGACAGCCGGCCUGUGGCCCGCACAGAUUACAGCAGAUACCCCUGGUUUGCAGGGAACAUAGAGCGCCCACAAGCCGAUAACCUGUUAAAAUCCCACAUUAGCGGAACGUAUCUCAUCCGGGAGCGCCCAGCCGAAGCCGAGCGAUUUGCCAUCAGCAUCAAAUUUAACGAUGAAGUGAAACACAUAAAGGUUGUAGAGAAAGACAGCUGGAUCCACAUCACAGAGGCCAAGAAGUUCGAAAGCUUAUUGGAACUGGUGGACUAUUACCAGACACAUUCCCUGAAGGAGAGCUUCAAGCAACUGGACACAACGUUGAAAUAUCCCUACAAGCUCCGCAGCGGCACACGCAGUGUUUCCCGAUCCCCAGCUUCCUGUGCUUCCUACAACUUUUCUUUUCUCAGUCCUCAGGGUCUCAACUUUCCUUGUCAGAACCCGUCCACUCCAUUCUGGUCAGUGUUCACGCCACGACCUGUAGGGACCGCAGUCGCCAGGUACAACUUUGCAGCCAGGGAUAUGCGUGAGCUAUCAUUGCGGGAAGGAGACGUGGUGAAGAUCUACAGCCGGAUAGGAGGGGAUCAGGGAUGGUGGAAAGGAGAGACGAAUGGCAAGAUUGGCUGGUUCCCGUCAACAUACGUGGAAGAGGAGGGGGUUCAGUGACCUUGGUGGUCUCCAAUGACGUCUCCGUGUCCUUCCAGAUGAUAUAGACUUUUCUGCAGUGACUCCUUCCAGCAUUCCAGCCCCUGGAGGUGCCCCGCUGGUCUUCCUCGCUGGCAUUACUUGUAUAUAAGAUUUAUAAUUCUGAUGAGUGGAAAGGGAAGAGGAACUGUACGUGGACUGUUGGUGCUGGGUCUUUUAAAGGGAAUUAAAUUCAUUCCAUUUCUGGCUGCUGUUUGUUCCUUCUCGUGUCCCGGCCCUGGCUGAGAGGCGGCAGCCGGGGGGGGGGGGUCUCACAAUGAGGCCGCUGUUCGUGGUCGAGCCGGGGAGAAUCCUGUCCUGCUUCAUCCCUUUUGGGUAGAAGUUCUCGCAUUUUGCUUUGGUCUUCCAGGGAUCGUGUCCCCCAUUAAGUAGACGGCCACUACUCUGAAAACAACGGAUCAUAAAUUUAUUUCACGUGAUAACCAAAAUAAUGAACUGUGUCACCAGGAUGGUGCAAUGUGCACAGUGUGACUGGACACUUCCUGUAAUAAAGAGGUUCCCAGAAACAUGA